AUUAUCGGAGCUGAGCCUCCACAGCUUCCAGGGUGUUUGUUAGUUUCCUUUCUCUACAAUGCUUCUCUUUCUCUCUCUACCGAUUCCAGUUCCGACAAAGCUUUUCUUUCAGUCAAUCAAUUGAAAAGACCUUUCUUUUCGUUUAGGGUUUUCUUUUACAGACACCGUUGAUAGCAGGAUCAUAUCUAUGGCAAUCCGUGUUACUCUGAGCUACUCCGGCUAUAUCGCCCAAAACCUUGCAUCCGCCGCCUCCAAUAAGGCUGGAUGUUGCCGAUUGUUUCAAGAAUGUAUUUUCCGCUCUACGUUUGUCAACCCUAACCAGAAGCCGGAUGUGGAUCUCGCUGCCCCCUCCACCAGGAGCUACCAUCACCCGGCCAAUCUCCGGCCAUCUGAUAAGUCAUCAAUGUACUCGACGCUUGCGGCUGAAAUUCGUGGGGCUAUUGGCCUGAGUUCCCUUGUUAAUUACACCUGUGGCAUCGCUGGCCCGCUUUCUUUGGGAAUUUUCGGGGUAUCUCCUUUUAAGGCUGGUUCAGUCAUUCCGUUUUUGCAAGCAUCGAAGUGGCUGCCCUGUAGUGAGGGUGUUAUCAGUUCUUCUACUAGUAUUGAACAAGAGAAGCGGAAUUUUGUGAAUGAAACCGAAGAGUUCAGAGCUAAGGCGUCUGAGAGAGGGAACUGGUACUCCAAGUUGUUUAAUUUUAGAACUGACGAUGUAAAGGCUGCUUUUGCAGCUAUGAGCAUUAGAAUACUUUUCCAUUCAACAUUGGCUGAGCCAAGAUCCAUUCCAACGACUUCUAUGUGUCCAACUCUUGAAAUCGGCGACCGUAUUGUGGCAGAGAAGGUGUCAUAUAUUUUUAAAAGGCCUGCUGUUUCUGAUAUUGUAAUAUUCAACGCAACUCCAAUUCUUCAGGAACUUGGGUUUGAUUCCAAGGAUGUGUUUAUAAAAAGAAUAGUGGCGAUGGAGGGGGAUUAUGUUGAGGUUCGUGAUGGUAAACUUGUUGUGAAUGGCAUGGUGCAAGAUGAAGACUUUAUUUUGGAGCCUCACAGUUACCACAUGGACCCAUUGCUGGUUCCUGAGGGAUGUGUAUUUGUUCUCGGUGACAACCGCAACAACAGUUUUGAUUCACAUAACUGGGGUCCAUUGCCCAUCAAGAACAUAUUUGGCAGGUCAGUAUUUCGCUAUUGGCCUCCCUCGAGAGUGUCUGAUACUAUUUCUGAACCGCUUACCAUGAACGCCAAUGUGAUUACGGUUUCAUCAUCUCUUUCCAAGCAUCUGGUAAAAGAGAGCUGAAACCGUAAACUCGAUUUAAAGGGCCUGUAAAUAUUUUCUACUUUUGAACAACUCAAUUUGUAGAAUAUACAUGCCUUGCUGCUAGCUUCCGUUUGUGAUUAGUUCCUAACGGAGGAGUAUGUUUUGGGAUCUGAUUAGAAGAGAAAAAUGAGUUUGAUUAUACCUGAAUAUUUUGAUGUCAGUCCAAAUUAAGAAUCUUGUGGCUUUAUUUGGUGUGGAUGAGUUUACUUAUUCAGAUAAUUAAAUAAUCAGCAAUG